CGGAUAAGAGAGGAAGAGCUGAGCUCAUCACUCUCUCUCUCUCUCAAGCUUUCUCUUUUGCAAUGGCAUUCACGGCCUCAGCUCCAACAUGCACAUAUAUCUCUCAGCUUCAAUCUUCUUCUACCUUCAAAUUACACCCUCUUCUUUUGAAGCAAAAACGAGUUUGCAGUCAUCGCAGGCCCAGUGUCCGUGCAGUUUCCACAAAUGCAAAUGCAGCUCUUGAUUCUGGGAAUGGUGCGGUACUCGCCCCAGAGAAGCCGGAUCAUGCUGCUCCUUAUUAUGGAAGACAGUUCUUUCCUCUAGCUGCUGUUGUUGGCCAAGAUGCUAUAAAAACUGCUCUUUUGCUUGGGGCUAUUGACCGUGAAAUUGGAGGGAUUGCCAUCUCUGGAAGGCGAGGAACAGCCAAGACAGUAAUGGCACGUGGGUUACACGAAAUUUUACCACCUAUUGAUGUUGUUGUUGGUUCAAUAGCAAAUGCUGAUCCAGCCUGCCCGGAAGAGUGGGAAGUUGGUCUACCUGAACGUGUGGAAUAUGAUUCUGCUGGUAAUAUUAAGACUCAGAUAGUCAGAUCUCCUUUUGUUCAGAUUCCACUGGGAGUCACGGAGGACAGACUUCUUGGAUCUGUUGAUGUUGAGGAGUCUGUGAAAACAGGAACAACUGUUUUCCAGCCAGGCCUUCUUGCUGAAGCUCAUAGAGGUGUUCUAUAUGUUGAUGAAAUAAACCUCUUGGAUGAGGGUAUUAGUAAUUUGCUUCUUAAUGUGUUGACUGAAGGAGUUAAUACUGUGGAAAGAGAGGGAAUCAGCUUUAGGCACCCAUGCAAGCCACUUCUUAUUGCUACUUAUAACCCAGAAGAGGGUGCUGUACGUGAGCACUUACUAGAUCGUAUUGCAAUAAAUUUGAGCGCAGAUCUUCCAAUGAGUUUUGAAGAUCGUGUUGCAGCUGUUGGAAUUGCAACACAAUUUCAGGAACAUAGUAAUGAAGUGUUUAAAAUGGUUGAGGAAGAAACAGACUAUGCAAAAACUCAGAUUAUUUUGGCUAGAGAGUAUUUGAAGGAUGUUACUGUCAGCAGAGAACAAUUGAAGUACCUUGUUUUGGAAGCCCUUCGAGGUGGUUGCCAGGGACACAGAGCAGAGCUAUAUGCUGCCCGUGUUGCAAAAUGCUUAGCUGCUUUAGAAGGACGAGAAAAAGUCAAUGUUGAUGACCUGAAAAAAGCUGUAGAGCUAGUCAUUCUUCCUCGUUCAAUCAUCAAUGAGAAUCCACCAGAACAGCAACAGCAGCCUCCACCUCCACCACCACCUCCACAAAAUCAAGAAUCUGAGGAGGAGCAGAAUGAGGAGGAAGAACAAGAGCAGGACGACAAUGAUGAAGAGAAUGAACAGCAGCAGGAACAAAUACCUGAAGAGUUCAUCUUUGAUGCAGAAGGGGGUUUAGUGGAUGAGAAGCUUCUCUUCUUUGCACAGCAAGCACAGAGACGCCGAGGUAAGGCUGGGAGAGCAAAGAACGUUAUCUUUUCGGAGGACAGAGGCCGAUAUAUAAAGCCAAUGCUUCCAAAGGGCCCUGUGAAGAGAUUAGCUGUUGAUGCAACCCUUAGAGCAGCUGCCCCAUAUCAAAAGUUGCGUAGGGAGAAGAACACUCAAACCGGUAGGAAAGUUUUUGUUGAGAAAACUGAUAUGAGAGCAAAGAGAAUGGCACGAAAAGCAGGAGCAUUGGUAAUAUUUGUGGUUGAUGCAAGUGGAAGCAUGGCACUGAACCGAAUGCAGAAUGCAAAAGGUGCAGCACUUAAACUACUUGCAGAAAGUUAUACAAGCAGGGAUCAGGUAUCGAUCAUUCCUUUCCGCGGAGAGUCUGCUGAAGUUCUCCUGCCUCCUUCUAGAUCAAUUGCAAUGGCAAGAAAACGUCUUGAGAGACUUCCAUGUGGUGGAGGUUCUCCCCUGGCUCAUGGUCUUACCACGGCUGUCAGGGUAGGCUUAAAUGCAGAGAAGAGUGGUGAUGUUGGACGCAUAAUGAUUGUUGCAAUAACUGAUGGUAGAGCCAAUAUAUCACUGAAAAGAUCCAACGACCCUGAAGGUGCUGCUACUGAUGCCCCAAGACCUUCAGCACAAGAGUUGAAGGAUGAGAUUCUGGAAGUGGCCGGUAAAAUAUACAAAACAGGCAUGUCUCUUCUUGUCAUUGACACUGAAAAUAAGUUUGUUUCUACUGGUUUUGCCAAGGAGGUUGCAAGAGUCGCUCAAGGAAAGUAUUAUUACUUGCCAAAUGCUUCAGAUGCCGUAAUCUCAGCUACAACUAGAGAAGCGUUGUCAGCCCUAAAAAGCUCAUGAACCAUUAAAAAGUGUUAUUUUUUGGCUACCAAAAUCUAACAAAAUUGUAACUUCGUUAUUUUACCACCAAACCUAUUAUUUACAUAUAAUUGUGUAAUUUAUUCCACCUGUGCCUUGUCCCCCUGAGUAUAAUUAUAGUUGGUUAAUAUCUUUUUGUUGUAAA